UGAAGUGACGCUCCAUACGGGGUACAAGUGAAAGAAUCUCGAUAUCUCAAGUGGGAUAUAAGGCCCCGGCGCCCAGGCUCCUCCAGUCGGGUAGAACAGCUGUUGCGGAGAGACCUCGUUCCUCGCUCUAACCAUGGCCGAUGAAAAUAAGGAAAACUUGACUGAUGGGCCAAGCAAGAAGGCACUGAAGAAAGCACAAAAGGCAGCAGAGAAAGCAGCCAAGAAAGCUGAAUACAAAGCCCAAAAUGCAACAGCUGAUGGAGGCAAUAAUGAAGGACCAGAAGACGACUGUGCUGAAGGCUGCUAUGGAGAUCUACCGAUGAAUAAGAGCCAGCAGAAACUGGAAGUUAAACACAUUGAUAUUCGUGACCUUGGGAAAAACUUGGCCAACCAGACUGUGUUGAUACGUGCACGUCUCCAUACAUCUAGAGGGAAAGGUAAACAAGCUUUCUUUGUGUUAAGACAUCGAGAACACACUGUUCAGUGUGUAUUAGCUGUGGGGGAGAAGGUGUCAAAGCAGAUGAUAAAAUAUGUCUGCAACAUAAACAAAGAAAGCAUUAUUGAUGUUGAAGGAAAGGUGGUGAGUGCAGAUCAGAAGGUUGAGUCAUGCAGUGUUCAGGAUGUGGAGAUCCAUGUUUCAAAAGUGUUUGUAGUCUCCUCUUCAUCACCAAGGCUGCCUUUGCAGAUUGAAGAUGCAAUGCGUCCUGAUGUAGAAGAAUCUGAAGGUCUGCAAAUCAAGGUCAAUCAAGACACAAGACUGGACAAUCGUGUUCUUGAUCUGAGAACUCCCACCAAUCAAGCUAUCUUCAGGCUGGAAGGUGGUGUCUGUCAUCUCUUCAGGGAAGCACUGAGGGCUAAAGGAUUUACAGAGGUUAUGUGUCCCAAGCUUAUUUCAGCAGCAUCUGAAGGAGGAGCAAAUGUGUUUGGUAUGAAAUAUUUUGAAAAAGAAGCCUUCCUUGCUCAGAGUCCACAGUUGUACAAGCAGAUGGCAAUUGCAGCUGAUUUUGGAAAAGUUUUUACAAUUGGUCCUGUAUUUAGAGCAGAGAAUUCCAACACUCAUAGGCAUUUAACAGAGUUUGUUGGUCUUGAUCUCGAAAUGGCUUUUACACACCAUUAUCAUGAAGCUGUGAAUGUUAUUGGCCAGAUGUUCACUGAGAUUUUUAGGGGGCUCCGUGACAAUUAUGCUGAAGAAAUUGCUAUUGUGAAUAAGCAAUUUCCUGCCGAGCCUUUCAAAUUUCUUGACCCACCUUUGAUUUUAGAGUAUAGGGAAGGAGUUGCAAUGUUGAAGGAAGCUGGCAUAGAAAUGGAAGAGACAGAAGACCUCAGCACUCCCAAUGAGAAGUUUUUGGGGCGUCUUGUAAAAGCAAAGUAUGAUACUGAUUUCUACAUUCUGGACAAAUACCCGCUUGCUGUUAGACCUUUCUACACUAUGCCAGAUCCUUCAGACCCCAAGUGGAGCAACUCUUAUGAUAUGUUUAUGCGAGGUGAAGAAAUUUUGUCAGGAGCUCAGCGAAUCCACGAUGCCGACUUCCUUGUUGAGAGGGCUAAAGCACAUGAAAUACCUAUCCAUACAAUUCAGUCAUACAUUGAUUCCUUCAAGUAUGGAUGCCCACCCCAUGCUGGUGGAGGUAUAGGACUGGAGAGAGUCACUAUGCUCUAUCUUGGUCUGGAUAACAUUAGGAAGACCUCCAUGUUCCCAAGGGACCCCAAGAGAAUCACUCCUUAAUUCACAAAGCUUCAGAUGUACACAUGAAAAUAGGCAUCAUUCCUGACAACAACUUUAUUUGGGAAAUACUUUAAGAUUGGCUAAUGAUCACCAACGUAUAUGUAAGUGAAAAUUGUUUAUUACUCUCAGGGUAUUAAAGUUAUUUCAGAUAUUCUGUAUGAACUUAUCAGUACACAUGUUAAAUUCUGCAAAAUGUGACAUGUACUACAUCUAAAGAGAUCAUGAAUUUGAAAGGUGCCUUAAACUCUUUUAGCCAAAACAUCACCAUUAAAGAGUUCAUAAAAAUAGCAAGUAUGGAAGUUUAUUAUAACCUAAGAGUGCAUUUGUAUCUUGCUGUUUUUAAAUGUUUCAGUUGGAUAAAAAGUGCAGUAAAUCCUAUGGGAUUAUCUCUUUUCUUUCCCUCUAAGAGGUUGCUGUUUGUAGUUUGUUUUUCUAUUAUACAUUUUCCAUUUGUAAGUAUUGGUAACCACUUCUGUAUUUCAACAAGCAACCAAAUUUCCUUAGAACAUCAAAUCAAUACAUAAAUUGUUAAAAUGUAUCGACAUCUUGGGUAAUCUUGACACAAAGCCUAUGAUACAGCUGUAUCAGGUGAUCUAGUAAUUGCAUUCAUUUAUAUCUGUUGAACCUUGUAAAAGUGUUUUUCACCUGUUAUAGGUACUAAAUUUUGCCUCUGAAAGUAAAGUUAUUUCUUCUUCAUCUGUUUGGAAUAUUGUACAAUUAGAUUUUUCUUUCUUUUUUCAGUACCUUAUUUUAACUGUCUUAUAACUAUACAGGUUUCGUAUGUUAACUAUCAUUUAAUAAUGAUAAUGGUAAAACAUUUUUUGGGGGUAAGGUUGCCAGCGGUUGGGUCUCCAUUCUUCCAUUCUUUACAUGAAAUGCAUUUGAAGUGUUUAGUAAAACUAAAAAAAUUGUUUUAUUAAUAAUUUAAUGUACCAAGGCAAUUGUGUGUAUAAACAAAUAAAGCUCAAGAAAAGUGAUAAAAUGUU